AUGAUGGACAUCGAGGUCAAGCCCAAGCCCCCGCGGCCGCACUGGUACGAGCGCCACGUCCAGCCCUGCGUGGCCGAGCUGCUGGGCAGUGCCCUCUUCAUCUUCAUUGGCUGCCUGUCCGUGGUGGAGGACCUGGGGGGCACGGGGCGGCUGCAGCCCGCCCUGGCACAUGGGCUUGCCCUGGGGGUCACCGUCGCCAUCCUGGGGGACAUCAGCGGAGGCCACUUCAACCCCGCCGUGUCCCUGGGCGUGUGGCUGGUCGGGGGGCUCAACAUGACCAUGCUCAUCCCUUACUGGCUCUCCCAGCUCUGUGGAGGGAUGAUCGGAGCUGGCCUGGCAAAGGCUGUGGCACCGAGCGAGCGUUUCGGGAACGCCAGCGGAGGAGCCUUCGGCGGCGGCAUCACGGCUGACGAGCAGAUCCCCGGUGUCCUCGUGGGUGAGAUUGUCAUGAGCUCCUUCCUGCUCCUGGUGGUCUGCAUGGGAGCCAUCAACGGCAGGACCAGGACCCCGCUGGCCCCGUUCUGCAUCGGCCUCACCAUCACCGCCAACAUCCUGGCAGGGGGUGGCGUGUCAGGAGCCUGCAUGAACCCAGCCCGAGCCUUUGGGCCAGCUCUGGUGGCAAACUGCUGGGACUACCACUGGGUGUACUGGGUAGGGCCCAUGGUGGCUGCCCUCCUCGUCGGGGUGCUGGUGAGGCUCCUGAUGGGUGACCAGGCCACCCGCCUGCUCCUGAAGUGA